AUGCUUGAUGCAGGUGUUCAUCCAGCUUAUUCAGGAAUCGCAGCAUUACCAUUCUAUGAUGAAUUUGAUUUAAGUACUGUUGAUAUCUUAUUAAUUUCACAUUUCCAUUUAGAUCAUGCUGCUUCUUUACCUUAUGUUAUGCAACACACAAAUUUUAAAGGUAGAGUGUUCAUGACACAUCCUACAAAGGCGAUUUAUCGUUGGUUAUUAAGUGAUUUUGUUAAAGUUACAUCAAUUGGUUCAAGUAGUUCAAGUGCAUUAUAUACAGAUGAAGAUUUAUCUGAAAGUUUCGAUAGGAUUGAAACUAUUGAUUAUCAUUCUACAAUUGAAGUGGAUGGGAUAAGAUUCACUGCUUAUCAUGCUGGCCAUGUCUUGGGUGCUGCCAUGUUUUUCAUUGAAAUUGGUGGAUUAAAAUUAUUAUUUACUGGUGAUUAUUCAAGAGAAGAAAAUCGUCAUUUAAAUCCUGCAGAAGUUCCACCAACAAAACCUGAUGUUAUGGUUACAGAGUCAACUUUUGGUACAGCUACUCAUGAACCAAGAUUAGAAAAAGAAGUUAGAUUAACAAAUUUGAUUCAUUCUACUUUAAUUAAAGGUGGUAGAGUUUUAUUACCAGUUUUCGCAUUAGGCACAGCACAAGAAUUAUUAUUAAUCUUGGAUGAAUAUUGGUCUCAACAUCAAGAUUUAGAAAAUGUUAACGUUUAUUAUGCUUCAUCAUUAGCUAAGAAGUGUUUAGCAGUUUUCCAAACUUAUAUCAAUAUGAUGAAUGAUAAUAUAAGAAAACAAUUUAGAGAUCAAAAUUCAAAUCCUUUCCAAUUUAAAUAUAUCAAAAACAUUAAAAAUUUGGAUAAAUUUGAUGAUUUUGGCCCCUGUGUCGUUGUGGCAAGUCCUGGGAUGUUACAAAAUGGUGUUUCAAGAGAAUUAUUAGAAAGAUGGGCUCCAGAUUCAAGAAAUUCAGUAAUUUUAACAGGUUACUCGGUUGAAGGUACGCUAGCUAAAACUUUAUUAACAGAACCUGAUCAUAUUCCAUCUUUACAAAAUCCUGAUAAUAAUGUUCCAAGAAGAUUAAAUAUUGAGGAAAUUUCAUUUGCUGCUCAUGUUGAUUAUGAACAAAAUUCAAAAUUUAUUGAAUUAGUUGAUCCAAAAUCUAUUAUUUUGGUUCAUGGUGAAUCAAAUCCAAUGGGGAGAUUAAAAUCUGCUCUUUUAUCAAAAUAUUCAAAAUUUAAAGGUACAGAAAAUGAAGUUAGAGUUUAUAAUCCAAGAAAUUGUGAUGAAUUAGAUUUAAAAUUAAAAGGUUUGAAAAUUGCAAAAGCAUUUGGUUCAAUCGUUGCUGAAAAGGAUAAAGCUGAUACAUUAAGUGGUGUACUUGUUUCAAAAGAUUUUGAUUUAAAUUUCAUGAAAGUUGAUGAUUUAAGAGAAUAUGCAGGAUUAACUUCUACAAUUGUUAAAGAACGUCAAACUAUUAGAGUAGAUGCUGGUAGAGAUUUAGUUCAAUGGCAUUUAUCACAAAUGUUUGGAUAUGUUGAAAUCUUGAUUGAUGAUAAAGAAGAAUUUGAAUUAAGAGUUAUGAAUGAAAUUACUAUAAAUUUAAUUAAUGGUAUUUGUACUAUUGAAUGGACUGGUGGUGUUAUUAAUGAUACUAUUGCUGAUUCCGUUGUGGCUAUCUUAUUAUCAGUUGAUUCAUCACCUGCAUCCGUUAAAAUUUCAUCAAAAUCACAUACACAUGACCACACCACUAAUGGACAUGAUCAUGAUCAUGAUCAUGAUUCUCAUUUAAAUGGCUCAUUAGCAGAUUCAAGAGUAUCAACAAGAAUAAAAAGAAUUGGUGCUAUGCUUGAAGCUCAAUUUGGUGAAGCUUUUCAAAAUAAUGAUAAUGGUGAAGGUGCAAUAAUAAAAAUUGGUAAAAAUGAAGCUAAGAUUAAUUAUUAUGAUUUAACUGUUGAUUGUACUUCAAAUGUUUUAAAAGGUAGAAUUGAAAAUGUGCUGAAUAGGGCAACUGAACUUGCUGCUCCAUUAUCUCAAAAUCGUAAGAUUGAAGCAUAA